UUAAGUUCAUAUCCCAGCAGUCAAACAUUUAGUGAUAUUGUGUGACGGGCUCUGGUGUAUAUGCAACCUUUGUGCAGGUUUUCUCUUCGUGCUGAAGGAAAAUGGCAACAACUGACUACGACUACUACUCUAUGGAGACAGAGGCCACAGGCCCCACCCUUGAACCAACCACUGACACAAGCGCGUACGAUUAUUACUCUGAAUAUGAAACCGAAGUGUGCGACAAAUCAAAUGCCGUAGUUUUUGGAGCAAUCUUCACUCCUGUAUUUUUCUCCUUUGUGGUGAUCUUCAGUCUGUUGAGCAACAUCCUGGUCAUUGUGGUGUUGGUCAAGUAUGAGAAUCUCAAAUCCCUCACUAAUGCCUUCAUCCUGAACCUGGCUAUAUCGGAUCUCUUCUUCACCGCAGGUCUGCCCUUCUGGAUCUACUACCACAUGUAUGGAUGGACUUUAGGAGAGUCUGCAUGCAAAAUAGUGAACUUCAUCUUCUACAUUGGUUUCUACAGCAGCGGUUUCCUCCUCAUUCUGAUGACUAUUCACCGCUAUGUAGCUGUCAUGAAACCUCUGUCUAACAUUGUGUCCACCACAGGCCUCUGCAGUAUCGUAGCAUCUCUGGUCAUCUGGGUAGUGAGUAUCCUGGUUGCCAGUCCUGCCCUCAUCUGCACUAGAGUCUUGGAAUCACAUUACUGUGUAUAUGAGAAUUCUUACUGGAGCCUAUGGGGAACCUACCAGCAAAAUGCACUCUUCAUACUGAGUUCAGUGAUAUUCAUUUUUUGCUAUUCUCAGAUUAUGUGCAGGUUGCUGCGACCCACUGUCCAAAGAAGAAGAAACAAAACUUUGAAACUCAUUUUUAUUCUCAUGGUUGUUUUCUUUGUAGGAUGGCUACCGUACAAUGUAGUACUGUUUCUACAGUCUUUGUAUUUGUGGCCCCAGUCAGCUACUGAUGCUACAACUUUGGCUGAAAAAUGUGAAGCCCACAAAAGAUUGGAUUAUGCUUUUUACAUUAGCCGAUUUUUUGCCUUUUCACACUGCUGCCUCAACCCCGUCUUUUAUGUGUUUGUGGGAGUUAAAUUCAACAGCCACCUAAAGAAAAUGCUGAAGAGCUGGGGUCACAAACAGAACAGCAUCCGCAGCAGGCAAAGUCGACUCACAAUCACAUCACAAACAAGUGGUGAGGAGCUCUCGAUCUAGGCCAUAUAAUAAAAUACUCUGUACCAGUAGAAAAGAAAUCUCAUUGAAAAUCAUGAUCUCUAAAAAUCCUGCCUUCUAAAUGUUGUGAUCUUCAUGCCAUACCUCUUUAACAAAUCUCGGCUAACAAGGCAUUCGAGUUAUACUGUUUAAGCCAUAAUUAAAAUGGAAAAAAUAUAUCACAGCAUUUGUAAUUGUUUUUGUUGAAAAGAACUACUAAUGGCUGCUUAAUCAUAAGACAGCAUUACAUAUUUAAAAAAAAAUCAUACCCCAAAAUAAUUGCCUCAUUGGUAUCCUUGUAGUUAAACAAUUUGAAUAGCCCAAUUUAAAUACAGGCAACUUGGCUCUUAAGUUCAUUUUAGUUUAUGUGGUAUGUGUCAUAACCGCUUGGCUGUCAUAAGACCCCGCAGCAUUUUAUCAGAUACAAAGUAUUACAUUAGCUGAACUGUAAGUAGAAGAAUCAAUAUUGGAUUUAAUUAGAUGUAACUGUUAGCAUUGCAGCUUUUCACAUUAGCUCAAAACCUUGCUGUACCUAUUCACAGUGCUGCACAGUGAUCAAACUACAAUCACUUCCUUAACAGCAGACAUUUGCUCAGUGAUCAGAGCAAGCAAACAUGGUUAAGAGUUUUAGUUGUUCAGGUAAAAUUUUAGAUUAUCUAUGUGACUUUGAGUUGUUGGAACCAGGCAAGUUGGUUUAAGUGUCUCAGAAACUGUUGGGAUUCCUCUAGAGUUUACAGAGAAUGGUGCAAAAAACAAAAAAAAACAUCCAGUGAGUGGCAGCUGUUAAUGAGAGGGAUUAACACCUUGUUAAUUACAAAGGCCAGAGGAGAAUUUGCAGACUGGUUCAAGCUGGCAGGAAUAAAAGCACUCUGCAGCAGUGCUGUCACAUGGGCUCGCAAAAUAUUUGAGCUGUUCUGGAGGCAAAGAGGCCUCCUCUGCAUUAAUGGGAAGGCACCUGACACACUGGGCUUGUAGUAUAAGUAAUAAGAAGCUUGGCAACAAUGAUGUGUAACAUAUCAACUUUCAUCCAGCUUUCAACCUGUAAUUAAGUGUGGUUAUCUACUCUCCAAUCAAACUGUGUUAUAAUAAGAGUGGUUUCAAAAGCAUGAUGAUCGCCUGAUUACACUGUACAUGUUAUUACAGCGAACAUAACUGAUUGUGAUUCACUCUGAUUAAUGGCAUUUUGUUUUGUGUUUUUGUGUCAAUCACCUAUGAAUCUACAUCUAUUAUUUUGUGGUUUUGUCUUCUAAAGCGGAAUGUCCAAAAUUAAUGCAUGUCAGAAUGUAUGUAUGAUAAUGAAUGAUUUUCUGCACUCCCACUUGAUGGGCUACUAAAAUGAUGUUGAAAUUCCA